GUUCAUUUGUCGGCAGUUGUCGGGUGGAAAACUGCAGAAGAGGCAGAAGAGAAGAGAGGUGAGCGCGCGCGCCUGCUUUUCGCUCUGUGUGAGUGCGUGUGUGGCGUGUUAUUUAUUUGCGAUUUUCCGCUGCAAAUGCAAAUCUCUUAGCGUAUUGAUUUCCAUUUUCGCGACAGGUGAGAGGAGACGAAUCGAUUGCGGCCCCAUCGACGUUCCGUUCCAUUCAGAUAUAGGGAGCGAAUCGAAUACGAAUUGCGACUCGUCGAAAGCAGUCUGCACGUCUCGUCGGAUGACGGCCGCUUACUUGGAUCACAGAGGGUCUUUCCAUCAACAAUCGAGACUGCCGUGGGACCGAUGUGGAUAGGACUGCAGCUGAGCUCUUCCUGACCGUCGACGCUGGGCCACAACAUCUCGACCUGCUGCUCUCUUUGAGGCAUGAGAUUGGGGGUGAGCGUAGUGAGAUAAUGGCAGAGUGCAAUGUGUCACUUCCAUUUCAAUGCGUGAAGCCGGAUUGUAAGUACUCGUAUGCAAGCUGGUGCCCGACGUGCGAAAAGGAAUCGCCAAGGAGGAGAACGAAGAGCGAAACUUACGAGCCCUGCAAGAGGAAGGGCAAGGAGAUGAAAACGUUUACCCCGAAGAAAUUCGAUAAGCAUAGGGGAUACGAAAACAUGGAUCUCGAAUACGAUUCCAAAGAUUUGAGGAUGAUGGAGAGGGUGCGCACCAAUCUGUGCGAGCUUCCGACCAGUUACAUCACGAACAACGUGAACAAGAACGGAGAGUAUUUGGAUAUGGAUUACGAUGGUUUCUGUGAUCGGAAGCACUACGAGGAGAAGCCUUACAAGCAGACCAACUACAACGGCAUCACCAAAUGCAUGCUCGUCGAGUCGAAGGUGAAAAGCAAACGAUCGCCACCACCAAAUCCGGCCAAGAGUUCGCUAUCGCCACCGGUGACGAGCAACAAAAGUCCUUUAUGCACUAAGCCCCAUCAUCAUCUUAGCCAAAAUUCCAUACUGUGUUCGAAGGCUUCCACCAGUCCCAGUUCCAAUUCGCCGCAAACACUAAACCCUCCAGCAACGAACCAAUCACCACUAGCGUCUUCGCCUAAACUAGGCUCUUCACCCUCUUCCUCCCCGAAGUACCGACUCGAAAACAACGAUAUCCGUCCCAUCUUCGAGACUUGCACCUUCUUCGAUAAGCAGAUCGAUCCUGUCCAAAUCAAAGAGCGCUACGCCAAAGAACUCGAGGUGCUGCGCGAGAAGCUGCGAGAUCUUCGCAGCAACAGAUACAAUCCCGCCAAUCCUCCAAUGACCAUCCAGAACUUGGACGUGCAACCAAAGCCACCGGCACCGGAAGUGAAGGUCAUCGAGAUCGUGCGAAGGCCGCGCAUCGACGUCGUCGACUCGAAGAGCGAAACCAAACGUAACUGCCGAAUUUCCGUGAAGACGAAAGGUAAAUUCGCCGCCCUCAGAAGUGCCAAGUUGAGGGCCAGAACACCUAGGACCCAGCAGUCUUUGGAAUCGGAUAGCAGCGAUCUCGAAGGCAGCGAAAAGGAGGAGUGCGAUGAGGUCAACAGCGACGUACACGAGACCUCGCACGAGACCGGAUUCGAGAAACCUCUGGUGCUGAAAACGGAGACUGAUUCUUCGCCGCCGAAAGAUUCCGGCGAUGCGCCCUCCUGGCCGCUCAGGGACAGCCUGUUUCCGAACAUUCCGCCCUACAUAAAGUUCAAUCGGCACGACGACGCGCCAAACAAGCUGCCAGGAGGAGGACACAGAUUCCUCAAAUGGAAGCUCAGCACGAUAACGCCUAUCGUGGUGAGGAAGACGCUGACCAACACCGGCUUCCGUUUGGUGCGAAGUGAGUUCACCCGAGAAUCCAACGAAUGGCUGGGUACGUGGGGAAAGCACAUGAAAUCGCCGAUGUUCAGAACGCUGAAGAGCAGUCAAAAGUUGAACCAUUUUGCCGGCACUUUCCAACUAGGAAGGAAAGAUAGACUGUGGAGGAACCUGCACCGUCUGAUGUUGACCCACGGAGGCAAAGAGUUUGGUAUUAUUCCGCAGACGUACGUGCUGCCCCACGAUCUUAGACACCUGAAGCAGCAGUGGGAGUUCAAAGAUGGCAGUGGCGGAGAGAAAUGGAUCAUCAAGCCGCCGGCUUCCGCCCGAGGCGUCGGCAUAAAGGUGAUCAACAAGUGGUCUCAGCUUCCUAAGGCCAGUUCACUCAUCGUGCAGCGGUACAUCGCCGAUCCCUACCUCAUCAACGGCAGCAAAUUCGAUCUCAGGCUGUACGUUCUGGCCACCAGCUUCAACCCGCUCCGCAUCUACCUCUACCCGGAAGGACUGGUCAGAUUUGCAAGCGUGAAGUACAGCGACGACGAUAAGGAUCUGAAAGACAGAUACAUGCAUCUAACGAACUACAGCAUCAACAAAUUGUCCAGCCAAUAUACAGCUAACGAGGACGCGAACUCGUGCCAGGGACAUAAAUGGACGCUAUCAAAACUGUGGGAGUAUAUGGAAAUUAAGGGCAUCGACACGAAGGAACUGUGGACCAAUUUGAAGCAUCUCGUUAUAAAAACGAUGAUCUCGGGGGAAUCGCCGAUCACGCAGCUGUGCGGUGAAAACGUGCAGAGUCGCUACAACUGCUACGAGCUGUUCGGCGUCGACGUUUUAUUGGAUUCGAGGCUGAAACCGUGGCUGCUGGAGGUGAACAUCUCGCCGAGCUUGCACAGCACGUCGCCUUUGGAUUUGCACGUGAAAGGACCGCUGGUGCAGACGCUCUUCAACCUGGCCCAAUUCCAUCUGCCCUCGAAGCUGUCGAAAACGGACACAUGUCCACCGUGCUACGACCCGAGGAUAUACACGACCACACUGCUGAAGAAGGAAUCCACUAAGCAUAAUCUGUUCUCGCAGACGGAGAAACGACAGGAUUAUCUGGAGGACAUCCUCGAUAACCUAACAGGCGAUGAUGUGCGCUACCUCACGCAAGCCGAGGACGAGUUCGUGGUUAAAGGACAAUUCGAACGCAUCUUCCCCACCAGCAAGAGCUACACCUACCUCGAUUUCAUGCCACCCAGAUACUACAAUCGCUUAUUCGACGCAUGGGAGACGAAGUACGAGAAUAACAGAAAAGAAGGUAUUGCGAGAUUGAAAGUGCUAUGCUCUAAACGGGUGCACCUGAAGAUUGCUCCGGCCACCACCUCUAGUAAGAGUUCGCUGAGUACGAGCCUUGGGCAGGCGAAUGUUCCGCAGCCGUCGACGGAAGGCCAGAGCCAUCCGGAUCAGUGCCAGAUCCUGAGCGCCGCCGAAAAGACUGACGACAACAACGAUCAACAUCUUCAUCAACAACAACAUCCGUCCUCGCGACGUCCGUCGGACGACAAUCAGUAGUCAAAUUUACACGUGUCCUUUACACACGCACGCAUCUACAUACUAGAUUAACGAAGACAAAUCGAAGAUGCCAUGUAUAUUGAAAACGAAAAAAAA